AUGUUUUCUUCGCCGCCCAAGGGGCCUUCGGGUCACCGGUUGACCACCCGUAAUCCGCAACCAGCAACGCCCUCGCGUAUUGGCGCGAAUGUAUCGCAGCCCAACCCUUCUGAACAAACAAUGAGCACUGCAACCCAGCUUACCCCUUCCCGAGCGACCCAGCUGGCUCAGGCUAGCUCCCCCAACACCCCUUUCGGCAUUUCAUCCGACUCUGAAAGUUCGGAGUCCGAUUUCUGUGAGAUUCAGCAUGUUCAGCCUUCUCCCAACAGAAAGCGCAAUCUCCCUGCGGCGGACCAGCGAGUCCAGCCCAGCAAGAAGGCAAAGACCAAGCAAACGCCUCCUGAGACUUCUGCCUCUGUCAACAAGAAACCGACUUCCCAAGCCUCUGGCCCUUCUCGUGGUCCAGCUCAACCCUCUUCGAGUGCCGCAGCUCCAAAUCGCAGCAGCUCGGUGUCCUCGAAGGCCAAACCUGCCGUCAAAGCCAAGUUUCUCCCUCAGCCGGACAACAGCUCCGACUGCUUCAUUGAAAAGGUCCUUCCUUCGCCAAAGCGACGCCAACAGACUCAGCCUCAGCCCAGCAAGAGAAGACGGAUCGACCGCGCCGGCAACGCUUCGGCCCUUGUCAGCGAAGAGAACGGCCAGGACUCUGAGUGCGAGAUUGUCCACAUCAAGCCAUCUCCCAAUCGCCUGUCCUUGACCAUGCUCACUUCUACCGACAGCGAUGCUGAUGAUGAGCGCCCGACCGAUGGUAAGCCUCGGGUCCCGAGAAAGAUCGCGACCCCAAGAAAGAGACGCGCUCUUCCGCUGAAGCCAGCUGAUAACUGUCCUGCAAUGAAGGAACCAGCUGCCACGCCCUCUCCCGUCUCCAACCGAGUUGGUCAGAGCAUCGUCAUUGAUCUCUCCCAGUUGAUCACAUCUGACUCCGACUCGUCUGCCGUUGAGACCUCGCACUCUACAGCUCAGGUCACACAGCCUCUUCCCGCACAGGGAGAACCCAUUGCUCAGAGCAACCAGCCUGAACAAAGCGCGACCAACCAUAGCAACGCGACGGAGCUUGCCCCAUCUCCUGAGAACUCCCAGUCUCAGCACCAGUCGGACCCUGAGUCGGAUAACAUCACGGGCAAACUGAUGGACUAUCUUGAUAGUCAGCUAGAGGCAAUGAAGAAGGAGAAGGAAGCCUCGCCAAGCUCUGAUGACAACGAGCCAUUCCCUACCGCCCCCGAGCGCCCCCCCAAGAUUGAGCCCCAAGAGGACUCCCGCCCGAUCAAGAAGGAGAUCGAUUCUGGUGCGGAAGGCUCUGACGAUGAUUAUGAUGAUGAUGAGCAGGAUGAUGAUGACGAUGACGAUGAUCUUGAUGAGGGUAACCCAACCCUAGUCAAGAUGGAGGACGCCGUCGACUCUGAUUCUUCCGAGCUGUCCCACACCAGAGAUUUCAAUGAUGAGACGCUCAACACCUCAGUCUCCAGCUUCAACGAGCGACUUGCUGCAUCGUACAAGCUUCAGCCCGUGUACAGUGGCGACAAGCUCUCCGAGACCAACGAGCCCGGCACUCCUGGAUCUUUCCAGCCUCAUCACCGAGACUCUCUCAUCGGCCUCAAGAGCAUUCUCAAGAGACCCAAGACGUCUCCGACGCGCGCGAGUGGCGACGACACCGAGUAUUCCUCUUCCCCCAGCGUUUCACCCCCUUCACGAUCCAGACGUGCCAGUUCGUCUCCAACUGAGCGCAUCCAGGGCAGCAAGAAGCAAGCCAAGGCUCUUCGGCCCUCUUCUCGCAAGUCCCCUACGUCGAGGCUUGCAACAGCCGCCAGUGUUAUCAAGAAGCAAGUACCUUCGAAGCUUUUUGUUCGAGCCAGAAGCUGGCUCCCCCCUCGACCAAACGUCACCAAGCGAGCCAAGACUCCCAGCCCAAAGCGGGCUCGAGGAUGGAGACUUCAGAAGAAGCAAUUGACCCCGUUGAUCCCGAUCCCACCAGCCAGCCUGAAACGUGGCAGUGAUGAUUCAACCUCGAGCCAGGAGACUCCUUCAAAGCCCCCGACCAAGCGACCCGCCGCUACAGUGCAACAGCCUACUCAAGCUGUCACCCACCACGAGACAUCGAACGUUGAGGCAUCCGGGGAUGAGCGGAAGAAGACACCCGAGAAGACUCAGAAGAAAGCAGCUGAGAAAAAGCAACUCAAGCCAAUCACCCACAGCAGCUUGGUCAAACCACCCCGAGGGAUCAAACCAGCGAUCAUCCGAGACGGUGUUUCGGAGCACGCAAUCAAGCCCACGGUCGCACGCUUCGAGAAGAAGAUGGCCGAAGGCAAAGGGUUCACCUACAACAAAACAGACAGCUCCAACCUCAAGUACAACUGGGAGGUCGACUGGGGCACGCCUCUUCCUCAGACGGAGCGCACUUCACGAGCCUUGGCCGCGGAGCUAGAGGAACGGGGCAUCAAGACCGAUCGACAAUACGCCAACUUUUGGUACAACCUCACGAUGAAGUACUCCAACCUCGCCGGUUCGCCCGUGCCGCUCUUCACUGCCAAGAAGAAGGCCCUCGAAGACGUUGUCGAGGAGGCGUUGCAGAACAAGAAGCGCAGAAAGCGGAAGGCACGCAAGGCAGAGAAGAAAAGGCAGCAAGAGGAGAAGAAGCAACCUCAAGGAGUUGAGGCACUCCUCAGUGGAGCCGACGAGACUGACGAGGAGAGCAAGUCGGAUGAGUCCGUUGACAUGGAGGCUCUCGUCGCCAAGAUGAAAGCUGACGAGAAGAAGCAGAGGAUGCUAACUGGGGUUGGAACGAGCUGCGGAUAUCUCAAGAAGUGA